GAUCAGCUAGAGAUUCAGAAAGAGAGCAGUGAGCUUUACAGAGAGAGCAGAGAGAAUAGAAGAAGAAGAAGAUGGUGAUGAAAGUUACAAUGAAGUUGGCUAUGGUAAUGAUCAUGGUUGUCGUACUUGGAAACCAAGUUGUGAGUUCAAUGGGUAUGAGCCUUUGCAAUCUGACUCAAGAUGAUUUAAUCACUUGCAAACCUGCAGUUACGAAGGUAGACCCACCGAUCGAUCCAACAGCGGAGUGUUGCACCGCUCUUAAGAAAGCCGAUUUCGCUUGUCUUUGUUCUUAUAAAAACAGCAUGAUGUUGCCUUCUUUCGGAAUUGAUCCAGACCGUGCUCUGCAACUUCCUGACAAGUGCAAAAUUCCUACCACUACUAAAUGCACCAAGAAGUAAUGCACUAAUCGAUUCGGUUAAUGCAAUUUUCGGGGAUGAUCUGUUUAUAUUAAUGUAAUAACGUCGUGUGGUACUACUAAUCUAAGUACUAGUAGUCUUAAUUAUGUUCGAUUUAGUAUCACGUAAGUCAUAUGUGUUGUGUUUUGCUUGCUUGUUAA